CAACUAUUAUCACCAUUCAGAGUACGAAGGUGGGGACUUGCUCCUCCAAUCAAAGUCAAGCUUAAGGUGCGCGCGGAAGAGGAAAGUCUGAUAUUGGAGUGUCGCUAGGCAGAGAAGAACGCGGUUUGAAGUCAUUUAAAGUUUACAAUGCUGAAUGUGAAAAUCAAAACCGAAAAAACAGAUCUCGAGGCAGCAAGUGCCCGUAACAGACUAGAUGCAGUUUUACAGUGCUUGGUGGAAAAAACAGACAGUGAAAGGGACCAGACAGAAGAUGAUUCGGGAAAGAUGGUGUCAGAUUCUCAUAACAAAGAUUUGUCACCAACCACAGGUGGAAAACGCCCUUCCACCAGAUUCUCUCACCAUCGCAGGAAGAAGCGAAAAGAAAUGGAUGAUGGUCUUGCAGAGGGCACACAGAGCAAACCAAAUGCCUAUGUCAUUAAGCUGUUUGAUCGCAGUGUGGACCUAGCUCAGUUUAAUGACAACACACCACUGUAUCCAAUCUGCAGAGCCUGGAUGAGAAACAGCCCAUCAGUGAGAGAAAGGACCAGGUCUCCCAGUCCACCCACAACCUUCAGUGAAGAAGAGGUAGCAGAUAUGCUAAAUGGAAAAGCUCAAAACAUUUACCGAAUGCCUCCACCAUCCUGUUGCCCUGUUAAUCCAUCAGGAGAACCAGUAAAUUUGCGAAUCCCCUGUCCUCUUCCUGCUCCUGAAAAGCCAGUGUCAAGUGAUCUUUCAGAGUCCACCCCUGCAUCCUUAUUGUAUAAUCACAUGGAAAGAUGGAAGAAAAUAAGACAAAGGUGGAAAGAGGCUUCUAACAAGAAUCAAAUGCGUUAUGCAGAGAGUAUGAAGAUUCUAAAAGAAAUGUAUGAGAGGCAAUGAAAUCUGCACAUUAUGUCCUAAAGCCCUAUUGAGGUUGUAUCGUCAUGUAUAACAUAUAUAUACACAUAUACACACACACACACACACACACACACAAGGGUGGGCAAAAGUAGAAUUACAGUUGUUCAUAUGGAAAAAGACACAGGUUAUGAUUGCUACACUCAAGCACACUUUAAU